AUCUCCCUUUCAUCGUAGAAUUGCAGACGAAGCUUUUCCAAAAUAACUUAUAAAUAAUCAUCAUGACAGAGACUGGAGAAUUACAAAAUGCAUACAUUGGAGCUGACAUAUUUUGUGAGUUUCUGGAGGUGGCAAUACACUGUAUACUUUAUACCAGAGAACUUUACCCUGCUGGAGUGUUUGAAAAGAAAAAGAAAUUCAAUGUUCCUGUCAAAAUCUGUGUCCAUCCAGAUGUUUUGUCAUAUGUUACCAACACUGUUGAUAGCAUUCGUCUGUUGCUAAAAGAAAAUGCUGUUUUUAAGGUGACAGUUGUAGUUGUUACACCUGACCACAAGCCUGCUGAGAGAUUUGUUUUUGAAGUGGCCAAACCAACACAAAAUAUAGGCAAUGAUAAAUACUUGUAUCGUCUAGAAGAAUCACUGAGAGGAUUCCUGUUAAAACUCAGUGUAACAGAGUCUCUGUUAAAACCUUUGCCUGAAGACUGUACGUGGACUGUACAAGUGUAUACUAAAGAGUCAGCUGCUAUAGCCAUUGAACAAAAACAACAUCUUAAGGAUUUUCCAUGGAUUCUGGCAGAUGAAAGGGAGACAACUAUGGAAGAUCCUAAAAUGAUUCCAUUAAAGGCUGUUAAUUCAGAUUACUUCCAGAUGCAGCUAUAUGCAGAAGAAAGUUCAAUAAAAUAAUGCAGAAGUCAUACAGAAGGGUGACAAAAGUACAGCCCAUUCACUGUGUAUGUGAAAACCAGAUACAUACUGUAUAGCUAUGAUACUGGGUGUAAAAACUAUUACUAAUUCAGUGGUUAUGGUAAUUUGGUGAUUAUGAAUGUGUAAAAUUGCAGUGAUACACAAUUUUCUUCUAGCAUUUAUAUGUAUUCCAACUACUAGAAAUGUCAGAAACUUGCACCCAGCAAAUGUGUUUUCGCUGCACCUUAUUAUGUAGAUCAUGGAAAUGUAACAGACAUUUUAUUAUGGAGAAAUUGUCUGUGUGACAAAUUUUUAAUUAAAGACUUCAUUAUCAAUGAAAA